UCAUCAAUCAGACAAACCCCGACAUUAAGAAAUUCCAAAUUCGCUUAUACAGAGUAAAGAGAUCAUCGAAAUUCUCGAAUUUCGAUCAUUUUGAUUACGGCUAAUCGUGUUUGAAGCCGGCGAAGGAUGGAUCUCAGUAGAAUGAGCCGGGAGCAGAUGACUCUGGCCGGAGUUGGAUUCUGCGUCAUGGUGACAAUGCAUUUCACGGUUCAACUGAUGUCACAGCACCUCUUUUACUGGAAAAACCCUAAGGAACAGAAGGCUAUAAUCAUAAUAAUUCUUAUGGCGCCAAUUUAUGCUGUUGAUUCUUUUGUAGGCUUGUUGGAUAUCAGAGGCAGUAAAGCCUUCUUCAUGUUUCUGGACUCCGUUAAGGAAUGUUAUGAGGCUCUGGUGAUUGCUAAGUUUAUGGCUUUGAUGUAUAGUUACUUGAAUAUUUCAAUUAGCAAAAAUAUUGUGCCGGAUGGGAUUAAAGGAAGAGAGAUUCAUCAUUCAUUUCCUAUGACUCUUUUCCAGCCUCGUAUGGUCCGGCUGGAUCACCAUACACUAAAGCUCCUCAAAUAUUGGACAUGGCAAUUUGUUGUUAUCCGCCCAAUAUGUUCCAUCUUGAUGAUCACAUUACAAAUUCUUGGGAUGUAUCCCACUUGGUUGAGCUGGACAUUUACCAUCAUUCUGAACAUUUCUGUUUCAUUAGGAUUAUAUUCUUUGGUGAUCUUUUACCAUGUGUUUGCUAAAGAGUUGGCACCACACAAGCCACUUGCAAAGUUCAUGUGCAUCAAGGGCAUUGUUUUCUUUUGCUUUUGGCAGGUUCUCAAGGACACUAGAGCUCUUAUAACCUGUAAACAACAGAGAACCAGCAUAAAAGCUACACCAAUAUAUCACAGCAUCGUGUUGAAGACUAGUCAAAGGGUGUAGCAUUUUCAAUUACUAUGUAAGCAGACAUGCAACUAUAGCUAGCAUUUGGGACCUUCUGGAGACUCCUUUUCAUUAACCAAAUUUCAUGGUUAGGUCAAGAUAUUGGGAAAUUUUCUCUUUCUGGAGUCAACCAAGAAAGUUCUAGUGUUCAAUACUAACAUAAGCAAGUGUGUUUUGAUCACCUGAAUUUUGAUGGACCAUUAGCGUCAUUUGAAUUGAUUGAGUCCAAUCAUUACUUAGUUGGUAUGCUUCAAAAUGGCACCUCCUAAUACAGGCUUCAAGCCUCAAAGUUAUUUUUGUCUCAGAAAAUGGCUGUGUCAUUUAUGACUUGCUUUUGGACUUGCAAAUGGAAAAAAAAGUAAUGAUUAAAUCUAAUGAACACCUAUAAAUUCUUGGUAUUGAUUCAAGUAGAAAAUUCAAAGCAUUUUGUUCUCUGGUGGCCUCUAGCUUGUUUUUAGAUAACAUUAUUUGCCAAACAAUGGGAAGAAGUUUCGCACUUAAUUUCUAUUAGUAGGAUUUCUUAGAACCAAGUGAUUGGAUUGAGAAAUCUUAAAUGCUCCUUUGGCUGCAAUUGCUUAGAAGUUACAGUAAUUUGAAUAAUUGGAGUACCCAUCAUGAUAAGAUACAGUGUUUUUGUCUCCUUAGUUUUCAUUUGGCCCUAAUUUCCUAUUUUUAUUUGUUUUUCCAUAACAUAAGCACUGCAUUGCAUGAACACCACCAUUCCGUGUUCACAAAUGUCAUAUUUGUUCUUGACUAUUGCAGGGUGUAGUGCUUGACAUACUAGCAGCCGUGGGCAUCAUUCGAUCUCAUCAUUUUUGGUUGGAUGUUGAGCACACUGAGGAGGCUAUUCAGAAUGUAUUAGUGUGUCUGGAAAUGGUAGUCUUUGCUGUUUUCCAGCAGUAUGCAUUCCAUGUGGCACCUUACAGCGGAGAAGUCGAAGCCAAGUUGAGAUUGAACAAGAAGAAUGAGUGACACAAGAAGCCCAAAAAUGACAACAAACUCCGUGUGUAUAAAUCCAAAACACAUAAUUUAGAUUGUAUUCUAAGAGACUUAUUAUGAAAGUAUAUAGGCCGGAUGUACCUACCUUUCCUGUUGCUGGGAUUUCUAUGAGAUAGACUGAAGAAUGUAUUGCAGAACAAAUACAGGUGUAUUAUUAAAACUAAAUGUGUUGCAUAAUUUAUGGGAUUUUGAGGUAGA